AUGGCCUCCUUCCCUCAGCACGAUCCUGUCAAGCAUCAGGACAUGAAUGAUUCCUUCUCAAGUCUGCUCUACGGCAUCUCCGUUCUCUGCAUCCUUCCGUUGGCCAGCUUUCUGGCCGUACUCUGUUACCUCACGGGUCGGCGUCGUGUCAAAAGCCUGACAACCAGACGGCAGCUAAAGACGUCUCCGGUCGUCACAUUCUCCAAUCCUGCCAACGGCUACAAGUCACCUCCGUUAGGCUAUCCCCGAAUUUGUUCGUUGCCGAUGAGCCACAUCACACAGCACCGGCUGCCAUCUCUCGGGCCAGAAUCCCUCGGCUCCACGUACAACUCUCCGUCCGCCAGAGCCUACACCGGCAACUUGAGCCGCGACAUUUCCGGUUGUCAAGUGAUCUGCAACAACCUCGGCCAUCGCGCCGCAGACAGCUCGGCCGGCAGCCUCGUCUCGGGUCUCGAUUUGUCCCCAGGCCAGGACGUCAAGACCGAAUCCGGCCUCGAGUCUCUCGCCUCCUCGAAGAUGGCCACCCUGUUCAGGGGUUUUGCUGCCAACACGCUCAAUUCAGCUGAGCUACCCUCGCCGUCUGGACGGCUGGCCGGAUUC